UGUUUUUGAUUCUUGAACAAGAGCUUAAAAUAUAUCCAAAGCGAAUCUAUUUACAAAUAUCAUAUAAAAAUAAUAGACUUUAUUUUUAAAGCAUCAUUUUAAAAACUGCAUUUAAGAGAAAACAUUUGAACAAAAACCUAUCUUGCGCCUCAAUCUAAAAGGCCGAGUAUCUUCCUUGACACUAGGUGGCGCUGUGCGAUUGUGCAGUUAGUUUGCAACGGGCGUAAAAACAACACACUGAAGAAGAAAUCAGCUGAUUUCUUUUACUGUCUAUGGCUGAUAUACAGCAGGCGUCUUUGUUACCAUGGCUUCUUCGUUUAAAAUCGGAGAGAGAUUUCGGGAGAGUGCGAGAGAGUUGCUGGAGGAAGAACCCGCCGUUUCAGAAGAGCUGAAGGAAGAACUGAAGGCUCUGACAGAUCAGUCCAUCGUACCAUUCAAGACUGUAAGAAAACUACACAGGCUUCUUCGAGAAAAUGGACAUCCAGUGUAUCUUCAUGAACUGUUUGAGGACAGCACCCUUCAUCUUCCAGAAGUUAUCACACCUCCAAGAAACCCCCAGUUGGUUGCCCGCUUAGAAAAAAUUAAAGCAAAACUUGCCAAUGAAGAAUAUAAGAGAAUGACACGGAAUGUAAAUCCACAGGAAAUGAAUCAUCACGGAACUUUAGCAGAUUUUGGGCGACAAGUGCGUUCCGUGAAGGCAGUUGUUGUUACUGUAUUCAACUUCCUGGUAACUGUAGUUGCAGCAUUUGCCUGUUCAUACCUGGGCAGCCAGUACAUCUUCACCGAGACGACAGCGAGAGUAAUAGCUGCAGUGAUCGCAGCAUCUGUUGUUGGUCUUGCUGAGCUUUAUGUUCUGGUCCGGACUAUGGAGGGAGAACUUGGAGAGCCCUGAUACCAACUAAAAUCAUCCAAUAUUGCAAUAUUUCUAUAUUUGCUUGUGUCAUCAUUAAUGUUUUUUUUUUACUAUACAGCUUUGUUUUUCUCCAAAUCAAAAUGUUUUGUAAUAUUAAGUAAAAAGGCUUCAUUUACACUAAAAUGCCCAAGAUUAGAAUUAAUCAGACAGCUGUGAAUUAAUCGAAAGAUUAAUUAAUCAGUUAAGUGGUUUAGGAAACCACUUCUUUGAUGUCAAGACACUAGGCUGUACAUUAUGAUCAUGUUUAUCUUUGUUCAUAUUUACUUGGAUGUCCUCUACAGGAGUGUUAUUCCUUGCUUCACUUAUAACUAAGAAACGUGACUGUAAAUGGUCUGUGCUUUGAUGUUUAUUGUGAUUGUUACUGACUCACAAGAUGUUGUGUCUUUUUAACAAGAAAAUAAUAAUAAAAACUAAGUUGACUCAAAA